AUGAAUAUAAAUUACCAUAAAAAGUCCGAAAGAGUUUCCUACACCCUCCAUAAAGAGCUCAUUUUAUUCGAAAUCUUCCUCGUUAAUGUCGAGAAUCUUGGAGUAAUAAAUAUAACUUAUCAAGAACAAUGCAAUGAAAAAAGUAAUCACGACAUAAACUCCUGUAAAUCCUAAUAUUCCUGCUCCGAGGCCGAAAACUAAUCCUGUUAUCUAUCUGCACCAGAAUACAAAGUCUAAUAGCUCUAGAAUAAUUCCCCUGGUGGCGCAGCCAAUGGCAAACAAAAGUAGCAAUAGGUUCCAGCAGCUGAUGGUCCUGCAGUCAGAUCCCGUAAUUCAGCCAAUGGGAUUAAGAAAACUAAUUCAUCAAAUAGUUAGGCAAAUGGUUCAGGUACCUUCAAUGAGAAUGAUACUUUCAAUAAGCAUUACAAUAAAGAACUUAGAGUCUCAAAAGAUGAAAUUCCUAUAGUUCUAGCAGAGUUAAACGAUUCGGCAAUUCAAUUCAUAAAAAGAGAGUAGUAUGAAAAAUCUCUGAAUCUGUUAUAGAAGGCUUAUGGGAUUAUGGACGUUGUGGACUUCAAUCUUUGCCGUAGAGAUAAAUUUCAUCUCUUUAUCUUGUUUCACAACAUGGCUCUCUGCUAUCAGAAAAUGUAAAUGCUUGAUGAGUGCGCCUAAUGUAUAGAAUAAUCACUAGAAUACCUACCAUUAGAUUAGUUUAACCUCUCUGAGAAAAGUAUAUCAAACCGAAUGAAAAAGUUGCAAAUACUAGGAAAACUUAAAAUGCAGUAUUGUGCUAUUUUAUCGCAGGUUCACAGACAUAAGGAUGCUCUUGAACAAGCUAGAGAAGGUGUCAAAAUCAGUCAUUUGCUAAUAAAUGAUAUGAAGUAAUUAGCAGAAUUUUAUGUCAAGAGGGAAGAAAUAGAGCAAAGCUUUUAGUUGAAUCAUAAUAAAAGUAAUGGCAACAUUUCUCGAAAUGGAGCGAAAAAUGAAAAUGAUUUCAUUUACAGCUCUUACUAUUCGAACAAUCAUAAUUCAAACAAAAAAGCUAAUAGUAGCAGAAACAGGUCAUUUUCUUAGUUUUUGAGUUAGCAAGAAGCCAAUCAAAGUGAGGAUUUUAGAUCUAAUAAACCACCAGCAGCUUUUCAUAAGAGGCAAGAAUCAUUUCAAAACAACUUGAGUUCAUUCUAUUCAGUUAAUUAUCUUGAAGAAUCUAUGUCAUAUCUUGAAAGAACAGCUAAAAAACUAAUUCCAAUCUUAGUAAAUCUGAAGAAAAAGAUGAUUCCUGAGAAAAAUAUGAAAAAUGCUAACUCUGCUUAAACUAAUUAAACUAAAACCAAAUUAUAAUCAAUAGAUACUUAUAAUGAAGAUGCAAAUUCUGAUAAUGAAAUGGAGAUUAACUUACAAGAAAAUCAAUAAAAUCUUUAAAUCGAUAUGAAAAACAUACUUGGAUAUUUGAAUCAAGGUGAAUGGACAUCUGCUUUAAGUAUAGGAAGUAUCAUGCAACUGUAACCCUUUACAUUAAAAGACUUACUUGAGCAAGGUAAAAAUGAAUUGGAGUUAACUAGAGAUAGCUUUAUCGGUAAAGUAAGUUUCCUGGCAGUUUCUUAUUUCUGUUACUCCACGGAAAUAAGAUUCAUUUUGCAAAUGAAAGAGGAUCCCACUUAUGAUCCGCUAAUUAAAUAAAAAGAAUCUGAGUACUGGCAUGCCAAAUCGCUUGAAAUUGCCUGUACCUUCUUGCCUGGAGAAUGUCCGUUGCUAAAUCACAUUAAUCUGUCCUAUUAAAAACACUUUGCUCCAGUUAAAACUACAAUUAUGGAGGAUGAGCCCAAUAAUGAUGACUUGAUCGUAGUAAAGCCUUUAAAUGGGAUAGAUAAUCCAAAAUUCUAACCUAUCAUUAGGCAAGUUUAGAACAUAGAGAUAGCAAUUACACCUUAUCAGAUGACACCAAUAAAUUAGAUAGCUCAUGAAUUUCUUUCCUAAAUGAUAAGUUUUAACGAUUAUUAAGAGCAACAGAGUCAAUAGUAAAACUCAGUGGGAAUAACUGGGUCAGUAAUGCCCCCAAAAUUUCACUAAAAGUCCAAGUCAGGAGAUAUCACUAAGAAAGCCAAGACUGUGAUUUAAAAGAAGAAUCAGUAGUCUUCGUAUGAUGAGUUGAUUGAUGAGGAUCUCGUAGGUUCCAACAAAAAUCAUGUUAGCGUUGGCUAGUUCGAUGACCAAGACGAAUUAAGAAAAUUCGAGGAGCUUUUUGAUAAGCUGAUAAAAGAAAAUAAGAUUGACAAGCUUGAUUUACUUAGGAAAUUAAAAAUGACCUAAGAUGGAUCAAAUAACUAAAUGCUCGAGGAAGGAGAGUCAAGUCAAUUCAAUGAUUUAUUGUUAGAUGAAUAGAUUUUGGGUGAGGAAAGUCUAGAUGAAGAAUAGAUAGCUAGUGAAGCUAUUCAUCAUAAUAGUAACUAAAAUAACUUGUAUAAGUUUAGAAAUAAGGAGAACAUCAGAAAUGAAAGACCUAAAACAUCCCACUCCAUUCAUAGAGGUGCUAACAAUAACACUAAUAGCAUUGGUGAUCCAGAUUUUAUAGAUUCAGAAAAAGAUAAAAGUUCUCACUAUGAGUAGAGAUAGAGUCAUUCAAAGUAAUAAUUAUAAUAGGUAGAAGAAAAUAAGAAAAAAUCACAGAGGCCAUUAUCAGGGGGUUUGUAGAAAAUAAAACAUGACAGUCAGAGAUCUAGGAUAAACAAAAUGAACCAGAACUUCUCUAUGUAUGAAAAGUAUGGUGGAUCGAAUGGUGGGAACGGGUUAUCCCCAGAAAAGAUGGCAUAGUAUUAAAGCAUGAAGAGUUAAAAUUCUAAUUAAAAUGUAUACUAGCAUAUGUAGCCUCCUAAGUCAGCUUAAUAAAAUAAAUCAUUCGAUAAUAACUCCAAACUAAACUAUCUGAAUAAUAAUUAGAUUACUUCUACACUAAAUCCUAAGUCAAAUUAGGUAUAGCUCCUAGUAAAUGAAAAAAAAGGAGCACUUCAGCAGUAAACUAAUAAUAAUGUCUAAGCUUAUGAUGAGCUUAAAAGAAGACUGCUUAAUGAAUACAAGAAACUUACAACAAAUAAAAAGACAUUUGAUGACUAAGUUAGAGAAAGAUAUAAGAAUCUAAAGUAAAGAGCAGUUUCAGGCAAAAAAUCUGCUGGUGGUUCAAAUUUACAACCCCAAUAACAAGUUGUCCAAACUGUUUCUGCUAAUUAGAUACCAGCAACUGGUUAGCAAUCAUUUAUUGCCUCAUCAGGUACAGGAAAUCUCUCUCCAAAGCAUCACUUAAAUGUCUACAAACCAACUUUCAUAAUAAAUAACAGUUUUGCUAAUGAAAGUGGAAAUCAGGCAAUAGGUAUUGCCACUUCCAAAGAAUUAGAUGUGGUCGAUUAGAUAAGCAAAAAAUACAGACCUUAAUCUAAGGGAGCAAGUAUUUAAAAUUCUACAUCGUAAUAGGUGAUAAUGAGUUCAUCUGCCUCUGCUUCAAGACAGUCUUAGGUUGCUUAAUUUCAUGAUAGACAAGGUAACCAAUACCAAAACUAGCCAAUUAAUGGUAACUAGCAGCUUAUGAAUAUGCUGAUAAAUCCUGAAAAGAAGAGCACAAAUCUUAAUAAUGCAAGCAAAAAGAACAUGAAAUCUCACAAUUUAUCCUAAGGUUAGCAGGAAUUGAACUUCGUAAAAUAAUUUUUGAAUGAAAAGGGAUAGCCAACCUAAACUAAACAACAAUUAUCUCAAAUAUAGAAUUAAAACUUGAGCCCAUUCCCAUAGGGCACCAAUUAAAACAACAGCUUUACUUCUCAAAAUCAAUUCUAAUAUCAGACAUAAUAGCAGUUUUCUAAUAAGCCACUUAUAGCAUAGAUUGAAGCACAGAUGAACAAAAAGUAAGGCAAUACAGCUGCAACAUCUUCAAAUAUUCAUCAAAACUAAAAGAAGCAAGUUAAUCAAAAUCAAAUAUCAACUUCUCAAUAAUAAAUUAUUACAAACACUCCAGCUGGUGGUGCUCCUAAUUCUCAACAAAAACUUGCUGCAUAUGAGAAGCUGAAGAAGAAAUUAAAUUAUCAUGCUAGCAAUUAGCCUAAGUGA